CAAUACAUAUAUCUUUUUUUUUUAGCAUGGAACAAUGUCUUAAAGAUCUGCAAUCAGAAGUAAAUGAAAUAUGUACUGAUGAAAUACUACAAAGCACAAAUGACUGCCUUCAGUGGUUAAACAACUGCAGUUUUGUUUCUCUCCGUCCUUCAUCUACACAGCAUGGAGAGCUGAUGGAGUUCCUUAGGACUCUGCAAAGGUUGCUGAAGAAUGAGCAAAAUCAAGAAGAAAUGAUUCUUCACUUCCUUCUGGAUCUCUCUAGUCAGUGUGGUGUCUCAUUUCCCUGUUCUCCAAGUGGGAUGUCUUUUGACUUUACAUCUUCUCUUCAUGCCAUUGAGGAUGAUUCAACAAUGGAUGUGAAAUCUCUCUGGGAUGAUGUGAGACUGCAUCUUCGACGAUUUUUAGUAAACAGAUUGCAAAGUCAAGAAGAGAAAAAUCCCAGUGCUUCACAACAACAAAUGCAGCUUAAAACUCAGUGCAUACAGCAACUUCUGUUUCUUUAUCCUGAAUCAGAAGUAUUAUCAAAAUAUCAAAAUAUGCAGAGUAAAAUGGUUCGUGAUCUUCUACAGAAUUGUGUUUUGUCUAGCUGUGGUGAAACAAAUUUUGAUAAGGUCGUUCAUGGCUACCAAAGUUCCAUACCCACACUAUGCACAAUAAUAAAAGAGGAUUUCUAUAUACUAAGUGGAACUAUGGAUCCUUCUUCAUCACUGAAGUUUAUUAGUGAAACUUACCUGGAUACAAUCACUGAAGAAAUAACAGUUCUUCUCGAAAGACUUUGUGAGCUGCAGUUCAAAGAAAAUGCUCUGCACAUAGUUAAGGCAAACAAGAUUUCAAAGAAGCAUAGGAGAACAGUUCAUGCUGUCGCCUCACAAGAAUACCACAAAAAAGGAAGGAAUUUCUGUUUAACACUGUAUCAACUCAAAUGUCUUUCUCAACUCAUCAAACUCUUUCUAUUCAUGGAAGAAAAAGUUGAAGAACUCUGUGCAGAAAUUCUGUUGAUGCCUUUGUUUACUGAGAAGAAUGUUCAAGGAGUUCUGAAGAAAGCUAGUGGGGAGCUUUUAAUAGGAGAAACUAGAGCAAAUGAAGCCAGUGUGCUUCCUGAACAGUUACUUCAGGUAAAAGAGCCUAUUUCACUGAAUUUUGGUUGGAGAAAUGCGUUUAAAGACCUGUCUUCUUCAGUGGCUCACUGUAUAACAAUAGCAAUUCAGGAUUUUUCAACUAAAAUCCUUCAACAUGAGCGUCAAGAACAGUCUUCAGCUGCAGGCUAUGCAAUGAGUCUUGUAAACAACCAGCAAAUAAGGGAGUCCUGCAGAGCAGUCCAACAGGAGGAGCAACCAAAACGAAUUGCUAAGUUUUGUUCUGACAUCAUGGGAGAACUUGACACACUGCUUCCACUGGCUCUGGCAUGCAGAGAUGAUUCUCUUCAGGAAAUUAGAGCAAAUUUUGUAGAGGCUUGCAGCAAAGUAGCGACAGCUGUCCUGGCAAGACUAGAGGAAAAAAGUGAAGACGUUCCCUCUAAGGCUCCUCUGCAAAACUUGUAUGCUGCUCUUUCCACAGCAAUAUAUGUCUAUCAACAUUUUACAACAUAUAGCAAUUUAAUGAGAGAAAGCAGCAAAAAGCCUCUUUUCUUAGUGCCUGUCCAACAAUAUCAGAAAUUCAUCGACGUUCUUCAGUUUCAAGUUACGAACUACUGCGUCAGAGUUUGUGCUACAAGCAUUUUGCAGGAUGCUGAGAGCCACCAUUGGGAUGACUACAAAGCUUUUUAUGAGGGUGAAAGAUGCUCAUUCUCAGUCCAGAUGUGGCAUUACUUCUGCUGUUCUCUUCAUCAUGAUCUAUGGACUAUUCUACCUCCCAAGUUAGCCAAGGAGAUUCUUACAGAUGUGCUAGAGCAAUCUUUGGAUGUGCUGUCCUCCAGAUAUUCCCAAGCCUGUCCUAGUUAUAAGCGAACACCACAAAUCAGAAUAGAUAUUGCAGCAAUUUUGAUGUCCACUGAAAAUAUGCUGUGGUCAGUUUGCAGCUCAGUCCAGGAGUUUCUGAAUCCACAUGAAGACAGAGAUCUCAAGAUCUAUAAAAUACAUAGCCACUGCAAUAACAUGCUCUCUGUGCUAGCUAUUUUAACUUCACCACUGAAAAAUUUGUAUGAGACACUUGUGAACAAUUCUGGAGAACAUCUUCCUCAUGUUUUUUCUAAAGGCUUUUAUCAUCCGUUACAUUGGUUAUUUUGCAUACCAUCAUCCAGCCCUUCCUUACCAAAGAGUCCAUCAGUCAGAGAAAUGGCAGCCCAAGGUCAACUGAAACUUCUCUUAUCCCAGCCAUACUGUAAUUUGAACUUGCUCUUGGAAACCUUACUAUAUCAUGAUUGUCUCUUGGUGAGAAUUUUACUGAAAAGUUCAAGAAGUGAAGUAUUCACUGGUGAGGAACAAAGUUCUCUCUUAGAUGAGAUAAAUAACAAAGAGCCUACUCUGAUUGAAACUAUCUUCACUAUAUUGGCUGACUGCAUUUUGUCACCCAAAUCACUUGGCAUUGCUUUUGAGGCCUACAUGGAAAAAGAACAGUUGUGGGAUUCCUUAUACAAUAUGACAGUUUCCAGUUGUGGCAAGUCAGAGCCAGAGGUUAUCAGAUGCUUGAAGCUGAUAUUGAUUAAUUCAGUCAAGGGUAUAGUGAAGCAGAUUGUUUCUUUGAUGCAUUCGUGGGAGGCAACAGAAAACUAUGGAACAUAUCAGCACAAGCAAAUUGUUCCUGAAAGUUUACUGAAAACAGUUCCAAGGGAAUGGAAUUAUACACCUCGGGAAAUGAAGAGGAAGGAAUCUGGGAAAUGUUUCACAAGGCUUGCAGCACAGGCAGUAUCUAUUGUAAUCAGCAAGUUACCUACAGUGAUUGCAUGUUUGCCUCCCCCAAUUAAGUACUUCUUUUUUCUGGCUGAGAGAAAAAUGUCAAGAAACUUUUCUGAAUUGAAGAAAGCUGGUCUGCUUGUCUGGAACUUGAUUGUAAUUAUAUGUCGGAUAUUUGAGGAUGGAAAUACUGCAGAACUUUUAACAGGUGCAACACUUGACAGAUGGAGCAAAGAAAAACUCAGUUUAGUUCGUGUGUGCUUAGAAAGUAUUAUGGGAAAACAGAAAACUGGUCCCAAACAAGUGACCCAGAAGGUUAUACAGAGCAUAGAACAGCAAAGACCAAACUGGAUUGAAAGCCAGUUGCUGAAGGCAAGAAAACUGAGCACAGACUGUGGUUCGGAUGCAAUAGAAGGUGCAGCGUUAGAGCAAGAAGGCAUUGCAUUUGGAUUCACUGAGCAGAAAAUAAACAUGAUGGUCCUGGAUAUCUGCCACAAACCAGGUGGCAGCGAGUACCUGAGGCAAAUUUAUCACAUCAUCCGGCUCAAUGAGCAAUAUUUGAAUGAUCAACUGUCCUGUGAGAAUUCUCCUGAAGAGAAUGUUACUUCCAAUCAAAGCUUGCUUCUGACACUGAAGGGCAGAGAGGAGCAAGCUGUCUUCAACCCCUUCCAGGUGCACAGCCAGUCUUGUGCGAAAGUGUUCAAUCAGUCAACCAUUACUGAAUGGAACUGGGAUUGGUCAGACUUGCUGUCAAGUUGUUUGGGACUGGAUCAGAUGACCUUCAGGGUGCUGCUGGCGCACAGGUAAAGGGAUUCUGGCAAUUAACUGCACUUCCCACUUGUCUGCUUUACUUUCUAGUGGUCAAUGCAUAUAGAUUUUAGCAGUGAAAUUUACAAAGUAAAUUAUACAUUUAUUUUUGAAUAUGCAGUUUUAAAAUGGAAAUACUUAUUAUAUUUGUGCCUGUUUGUUCCAUACAAAGAUUGUUUGCAAUUUCUGUUUUGAGGACCCAAUUAUUUAUUUCUUGCUGACUCUUGAAGUUGGUAUUGACCAUAAACACUGCUUUAAAAAGAAACUGGCAAAUUUAAAAGUUUUUAGGGACAUACUGCCCAUGGAGAUUUCAGCACAAAACUUUGGGGAUUUCUGCUCAAAUUGCAGUUACUCCUGAAUUCAGCUGGGGGUAUGGAAAGCAUAGUUAGAAAUAUGAAGUAUUUCUCUAGUAAAUUUUAACUAAUGGAAAUUAUUGAGCAGGUUUUUUUUUACUUGUAAAAUCUAUGCCUGUACAUAAAUUAAGCAUUUAUUUAAUGCAGAAAUUAUAUUCAUUAAAUUCAAAAAUAUCAAUUUGCUAAAUGCACAAAAUUGCAGGAGGACAAAAUAGGUAUAUUUUCUAAAUAUUUGCUGUAUAGACUUGGGAGGACUGGAAAAUAUAUACUCUGAACUAAAGAGUGUACUGUUCUCUUUGGAAUGCUGAAUCUGUAUGUCAUUAUAUUAUUUGCCUAUUAAAGUUAAUUAUUUGUCUGUUUAGAAACU